ACCAGUAAACCAACAAAAAUUAUAUCUUAUCUCGAAAUGUGUUAUAGCAUUUACAGAACAGUGUUUUGCCCUAACGACUCCUGCCGCCUACAAUUAUGGCCUCGCGCCGUCACCGUGCCCGUAAACUGCUUCAAUGCUCGGCCCCUGGGCGCCCCAUCUCAACCUUGGGGCAGUUGCUCCACGCGCUAUGUACCACCGGCUCCAUGCCUUUAAUGACCAUGCCGAUAGCAUACGAGAUGAUCAAGGGCCGGCUCCGGCUGAAGGAGUCAUUCGACCGGGUCCAGAAAGUCUUCUCAGUCGGCCAUUCUGAGCUCACGGGUGCGCUGCACGAGUUCGGCCUCCGCUGUCUACUGGACGAGUCUGCUAUGAUUGCGUUCGACUUCGACCCCUUUCUGCCCCACACAUACAAGAUGAGUAGGAGCAGGUCGAACUAUGUCAACAAUAUAUGCGAGAUCUGGCGCUAUGAAACGUUCGAGAUGGAAAAUUCGAGGACAAGUGGUGGAGUGAUGCGGCCAACCUGGGCAGCUAGGCCGUGUAUCGUAAGUGUCGGUUUUGGUGAUUACGCCGAGCUUGGUGUUCACCGAUUCGUUCCGUGUGGUCGAGGACAGUGAUGUGACGAAGGACAUGAGGGCUGAGACGAUGCUUCGGACAGCAGGAGAGGACAUUAAUUCUGUGAAACCAUGGCCAUAUGGAGGCCCUGAGAUACUUGAUGUGCCGCCCCUUCUAGAGUUGCGGGAAACACCAAGGAGUGUAAGUAGAUAGCCUAGACUGUUAAACGCCUAAGGAGGUAAAAUUAUAUCUAUCACUCGCAUAGUUAUGGAUAGUCAUUGUUGUGAGGUUGUACGUGAAGUUCCGCAUCUCCUUCAAUGUCGCACCAGCUUUCACCCGUUCGAUCUAUAUCGGUAUGUUCAAAUCUGUGUAUCAAAAAAAAAAAAAAAAUUCUUUUGGCACAACGCGCAAACAUUUGGCAACACAUAGAAGAAUACCAGCAACAUGACCAUCUCAGCACGAUGUGUAUACUACAAUAGUUGGAUC